AUGAAACGAGAGUUCCAAGAUUUACUAGCUAAUAUAUCGUUGAUGAUGAUUGUGGGGAAGAGAUAUUUCGGGGCAAGUCCAAACUGUGAAGCGGGAGAAGCGAGGAGAUGCGGGAAGUUGAUUCAAGAAUUUUUCAAUUACUUUGGGCUCUACUUGUUAUCCGAUGUGAUGCCAUCUCUGGGUUGGUCGGAAUGGAAGGUCAAAAGGGAUAUGAAGAGAACGGCUAAAGAGUUGGAUCAAGUUGUUGAAGCUUGGGUUGAAGAACACAAGAAGAGGAGAGAUGACAUACCCAGCUGUGAAAAGCACUAUUUGGAUCUACUCAUUGAGAUCUUCGAAAACCGCGAGAUUCCAGGCACCAUUCAUGAUGCUCAUACCACCACCAAGGCCAUAUGCCUUAACAUGGUAUUUGCAGGGAGCGAGCCGGCCAUUGUUGUGUUGGUUUGGGUUGUAUCACUGCUUGUUAACAACCCCCAUGAGUUGAGGAAAGCACAAGAGGAGCUUGACCAAAAAAUCGGAAGGGACAAAGUUGUAGAAGAAUCCGACCUCAAUGACUUGACUUAUCUCCAUGCCAUUGUCAAGGAAACAUUACGUUUGUAUCCACCACUUCCUCUCACAGCUUAUAGAUAUGUGAUGGAAGACUUCGACAUUACCCAUGGAAACUUUCAUGUUCCCGCAGGGACACAAGUGCUCGUAAAUGAGUGGAAAGUUCAGAGGGAUCCAAAAUUUUGGUUCGAGCCGGAGUUAUUCAAACCAGAGAGGUUCUUAACAUCUGAAAAAGUAGAUAAUGUUAAAGGCAUGGGCAUGUUGUUUCCAUUCGGUUUGGGACGACGAUCGUGCCCUGCAAUCCCUCUAGGUAUGAGGAUGGUUCACUAUGUUCUGGCUAGGUUCUUGCACACUUUCGACUUGGCAGCACCAUUCAGCCAAGACGUGGACAUGACUGAGAGCAAUGGGUUUGUCAAUCUCAAAGCCACUCCUCUUCUAGUCUUGAUCAAUCCUAGGCUACCUAAAUCACUCUACCAUGUGGAUUGUAAAGUAUAA